AUGUCCGCCUCACUUCCCGGGAACAGAGACCUCCCAGCAUCUCAGUAUGACCUGUCAACAUACUGGGGCCGUGUCAUGCAGUCGGCACAGAUAGCAGAUCCGAGAACACUAUUCGUUUCCUCCUCUGGCCUUGAAAAUGCAAAGCGACUCGUGACCUCCUACAAGACCGGGGAAGCAAAGGUCAUGACCCCGGAAAUAUGGCAAGCCAAAAAGAUCGUGGAUUCAACACUACAUCCAGAUACCGGCCAGCCAGUCUUCCUCCCAUUCCGCAUGUCCUGUUUCGUGAUCUCCAAUCUGGUCGUCACCGCUGGUAUGCUCACACCAAACCUGAGCACCACCGGCACCGUAGCUUGGCAAAUUAUCAACCAGUCGCUCAAUGUGGCCAUCAACUCGGCCAAUGCAAAUAAAUCCUCACCGCUUAGCACAUCCACGUUGGUGAAAUCCUACCUGAUGGCAGUCUCUGCCUCUUGCUCUGUCGCUGUGGGAUUGAACUCGCUUGUCCCGCGGUUGAAACGACUCUCGCCAAACACCAGACUGGUCCUCGGCCGCCUCGUCCCCUUCGCAGCCGUGGCGAGCGCAGGCGCACUAAACGUCUUCCUGAUGCGCUCCGAGGAGAUUCGCCGCGGCAUCGAUAUUUUCCCCGUGCAAUCCGAGCAGGAAAAAGCCGAACGUGAGAAGACCGGCAAGGAAGUCGAGUCGUUAGGUAAAUCUCGCAAAGCCGCCGUCCUAGCCGUGGGUGAAACAGCCAUUUCCCGCGUCCUCAACGCGACCCCCAUCAUGGUCCUUCCUCCGCUCAUACUGGUCCGACUCCAGAAGACAGAGUGGCUCAAGUCUCGGCCGAGGAUGGUCCUACCCGUGAACUUGGGCUUGAUCUUGACGACCAGUAUCUUUGCCCUGCCCUUGGCGUUGGCGGCGUUCCCGCAACGGCAGGCCGUCAGCGCCAGGACCUUGGAGGAAGAGUUCUGGGAUAGGGGCGGCGAAGGGGGUCUGGUGGAGUUCAACCGCGGGAUAUGA